AUGCCCCCCAAAAGCGCAAAACCGACCAACGACGAGCUCCUGGCUCAGUUCGACGACCUCGGAAUCGACACCGCCACCAAGAAGGAGGAGGAGGCGGCUCCCAACGACGAUGUCGCCCCCCCAAAACCCGCCGAAAAGGAUCCUCUCGCUGAGCUGGAAACGCUCGCGUCCCAGAGACCGGCUACGCCGCGACUGUCGACAGAGGCGCGUCGUUCCAAGCCCUCGUCGGGACGCACCAGCGAGGACAACAGGCCAGCUGUGAGUGGUCGCAAGUCGGAGGAUGUGAUCCCUCACCAGGCGACUGUACAAGAAGAGAAGCAGCCGCAGCCGCCGUCAGAGAAUAAAGAGGCGACCGUGCAGGAUUCUGCUGAGAGUGCUGGUGGUGGAGGAUGGUGGGGAGGCAUCUUGUCCACAGCGUCGGCUGCCAUGAAGCACGCCGAGGCCGCUGUCAAGGAAAUCCAGAAGAACGAGGAAGCUCAAAAAUGGGCCGAGCAGGUCAAGGGCAAUGUUGGAGCUUUGAGAGACUUUGGAGGCGAGCUGAGAACGCUUGCCAUGCCGACCUUCACCUCGCUUAUCCAUACCCUUGCGCCCCCGAUUUCUUCACAUGAACGCCUGCAAAUACACAUUACACACGAUUUAUCCGGGUACCCCAGCCUGGAUCCUCUAAUCUACGCAAUCUUUGCUCGCGUCAUGUCGCAAGUCGAGGGCGGUGACCUGCUGGUCAUCCAGCGUGGCCAAGAGUCAUCGCCACGCCGCGGAUCAGAAUUUGGCUUUCAAGUCUCAAGCGCCGGCUGGCACGACGGCCCUUGGUGGCGAACCGUUACUCCAGGAAACCCUCGCAGCGUCUCGGCCGUCAAGGGCACGACCGAAGGCACCAAGCUCGCCCGAGCCAGCGCCGAAUCCUACGCGACCGAGUACUUUUCCUCGCGGGGCGGCGUCGAAGAAGCCGCUAAACAAGCGACUGCAGUGCUGAACGAGUCCAACCCUGUCCGCAGCAGCGACAUUUUCCUGGCCAUCCAGGCGAUCAGCCAGACAACCGCCAAAGAUCUGUUCCAAGCCGGACCGGCUGCAGAAAAGGCAACAGCUCCCGGAGGAGUGGUCGAAGUCGCUGAUGCUGCCGAGGAAGAAAUCCUCUUUGCCAUUUACCUGCACGACCCUGUCCACGGCAUCGCCUUUAACGCAGUAUCACAAGCCAUUCCACAGAAAUGGGUCGACUGGCUCGACGCACCGGCUCCACCAGUCGAAGAAAACAACAACAACAACGACAGCAACAUUAAUAAUAACCCCCAAGUCCCACGUGUCACUACCCCCGAAGCAAUCGCCGAGAUUGUCGAGAACGGCGGCGUCGACCCGCGCGAGUGGGCAGCAGAGUGGGUGGAAGAAUCAUUGAGCCUGUCCGUCGGCGUGGUGGCGCAACGAUAUGUCGCGCGCCGCAUGGGCGUGGGCGAGGGAGGCGUCGCCAAGGGGAAACUCAGGGCAGAGCAGGCUACUACAGUUGAGAGCGGCGCUGGCGAAGCUGCAAGAGCUAUUUAA